AUGGACUCUACCGUUCCCAACGGGGGAACUUCUCCUGUUUCGGGACCAAAUUCUGUCUCUGUGGCGAUUUCAUAUGAACAGGAAUUGAAAAAUAAGGAGCUACAAGUAAGUGGUUCGACCAUUUCAUUCCAUGACAUCAACUGCGAGGUGGAUAUUAAAGUGAAGAGGAAAAAAACAACGAAACAUAUCUUGAGCGAUAUCAAUGGUGUGUUUCAACCAGGAAUGAACGCCAUUCUGGGCCCAACAGGCAGUGGGAAAACAUCGCUACUAGACAUUCUGGCGAGACGUAAGGAUCCCAAGGGAUUAACUGGUACCGUGCUGGUAGACGGUGCCCCGCAGCCUUCGAACUUCAAGUGCGUUUCAGGCUACGUGGUGCAGGAUGAUGUCGUCAUGGGAACGCUGACCGUCCGAGAGAAUCUUACCUUCUCGGCGGCCUUACGUCUGCAAGACGACAUCAGCCAUGAGGAGAGGAAGGAACGGGUGGAGGAUGUGAUCAUGGAGCUUGGUCUAACGGACUGCGCUAAUACCAGGAUUGGGACUGAUUUUAUCCGAGGUGUCUCUGGCGGGGAGAGGAAACGGACCAACAUCGGCAUGGAGCUCAUCACCCGGCCGACGGUGCUGUUCCUCGAUGAACCCACGACUGGGCUGGAUGCCAGCACGGCCAGUGCUGUCAUGCUGGUCCUGAAAAGUUUGUCCAAGCGAGGGCGCACUGUCAUCUUUUCCAUCCACCAGCCGCGGUUCUCCAUCUACCGUCUGUUCGACAAGUUGCAUCUGCUCAGCAAGGGAGAGACUGUCUAUCACGGACCAGCAGAGGGCGCCCUCCAGUACUUUGAAUCCAUUGGCUUUCAGUGUGAGGAACACAACAAUCCGCCCGACUUUUUUCUGGAUGUCAUCAACGGGUAUUUUGGCGCGCCUUCAUUUGAAAUGCCGAGUCGUGCGUCUGCGUUGACGGACGGAAAAGAAAACCACCAUGCUGAGAAAUCCACCCAGGUGGUUCUCAACGAGAUGGACCAACCGUCUUUGAGGAGCCUCUACCGGCAGUCCGAUGUGCACGCUGAAAUGAUGAGAGAGGCGGGCGAGAUAUAUUCCGUGCAUCGGAACGGUGACGAGGAUAUCGCUGUGCCCAGUAUUCAGUACGCCACGUCCUUCAUUACGCAGCUGAGGUAUGUUUCCAAGAGAACUCUCAUCAACUUCCUGAGAAACCCUCAACUGUCGGUUUUCCAGCCGCUGACUGUGGUGUUUCUUGCCAUAAUACUCGGUCUCAUCUACUGGCAGAUCGACACGUCGCUGAACUCCGGCAUCCAAAACAGGGUGGGAGCUUUUCUUUUUGUGACGAUGAACAUGGUGUUUGGCAACAUGAGCGCCAUUGAGAUCUUCAUCAAGGAAAGGGUCAUCUUCAUACACGAGACGGCCAGCGGUUACUACAGAGUCUCGACGUUCUUCUUCUCCAAGAUUGUCUGCGAUCUCCUGCCGAUGAGAUUCAUCCCGACGUUCCUCUUCUCUCUCAUCACAUACUGGAUGCUAGGUCUGAAGAGCACAGCCGGUGCCUACUUUGUCUAUCUACUCAACCUGACGCUGGUCACGUUUACUGCCUGUGGUCUUGCCUUUUUCAUCAGCUGUUGUGUGACACUGCAGAGUGUUGCAACGCUGUUGAUCUCAAUGACCUUCGUCAUAAUGCUGGUUUUCAGCGGCCUUCUUGUCAAUAUUGCCUCCUUGCCGUCAUGGAUCCAAUGGAUCCAAUACUUCAGCUUCUUCAGAUACAGCCUCAAUGCUUUGAGCAUCAACGAGCUUGUUGGUUUGACGUUUAGUGAUGAGGCCAACAACGCGACAAUGAGAAUAACAGGUGAAUCGUACCUGGAGGGGCAAGGGAUCGACUACUCCACCUGGGGUCUCUGGCAGAAUGAGCUAGCCCUAGCCAUCAUGUGUGUGGGCUUCAUGACUCUGGCUUACAUCAAGCUCAGGCUCAUCCCAAAGUACAAGUAGAAGCCAGCCAGACAGCCAUAGCCUUUCAUUUGUUCAUCUUUCGUCUUCGGCGUCGUAGUGGAGUCCAUCACAAGGCCUUUCAUUAGUAAAUCGCAAAGCCUUUCGCAAGUCCAGUCACAAGUAAUCGGGGGUGAACGAUAACAAAGGAAGCUUUUGAGUUAAUGUUUAAAUAUGGAGGACUUGUGAUGGACUUGUGAGGACUUUUGUGAUGAGACUCGACUAUAAUACUGUUCAUCUCGAUUUUUCAAAAAUUAAGUAAGAAAGUUUGUAGCAAGACUAGAUAGCAUAAUAUGUUUUAUGAACCACUUCGCCCCAGCAUUAUUUUUGGCCGAAAAUUUAGAUUUUCGUAAAAGGCAACAUUUUUCAGCCAAUUCUGGUAUAUACAGCCAAACGCCACAAAUACUGAUUCGCAAGAGUCAUUUCAACAGUAUUUGUACGAUAUUUCUUGCCGAAACCUCAAAUGUUUCAAUACUCCGAGUUGGCACUGGAGCGUAAAUUGUCGAACAAUAGGCCAUGCUAAUCGCUUUGCAAACCUAUAAGGCUAAGUCCACAUUAAGAUAAUCGCAACCCAAAUCUGAACAAGGUUAGAGUGCAUUUGUCAAGUAGUUAAAAAAAACCAUGUAUGCUAUGUUGUUAUUUCUACAGAUUUUACAGAAAAAUAACAAUUUUUGAAUUUGAAGACGGCUGCCUUUUGCAAGUUUUUGUAAAGCCUUUUGUAUUAAAAUUGGAUUGUAAAUUUUCCUUUUGAUUACGAUGAUACGUUCCAGAUAAAAGUGCCUCUUUGUUUAUCAUUUUUCAUUAAUUAAAUUAUAAACGUUUAUAUUUUUAUGGGUGUCGUUGAAUACUGUCGUGAUAGAGGAUUCGUAACAAAAAUUAAUAUAUUAAAAUGAUUCAAAAGUACACUAGUAAUUUUUGGUAACAUAUUGAUUUGCUAACCUGGUUUUUCUAAAGUUCAAGUUCAGCCAGUUUAAUUUUUUAUUUUAUUUUUGGUUUUUGAUGGUUUUUGUCGGUGCAAUGCAGUUUUGAAAAGAGUUUCAGUGUAGGAUUGGACCGUUUUGAUGGUCGGUUGUGUCUAGUUUCGGCUCUGUGACUAAUGUGGAUUUUGAAACAGAUUUUUGAGAUAACAAAAAUCAGUAUCUAGUAGUGAAAGAAUUACGGACUGUAGCUUUUUCAGAGUUAAAUAGUCCAGUUGAACAGAUUCCAAAAAAGAUUUCCAGAAACUGUUCUGUUUUUCUUGAAAACCAUGAUUUGGGACCGAAAUGGGAGAAUUUUGUACCAAAGGGUUACAGUAUUAUAAAGUGGAAUAUAUAUGCUUUGUGUGUGUGUGUGCUUUUAUGAUACAUUUGAUUGGUGUCAGUUGUAAAGUUAACAGGGUGAAAAAGUCUCGGUAAACUAA